AUGAGCAGAGUAGUGGGAUUGAGUAAGAACCAAAGACCAAAAACACUCCUCAGCACUUUCAGUAGCAACAAGCGAAAGCUUGAGAAAGAAGUUGAAGAUGACGCUCCUCCAAUGUCUACCGACGAUGAGGAGGAUGAGGAACCGCCAUCAGUUGCGGACUUAAUGUUGUUACCAAGCGGUCCCAAGAAAAAGACACUUCCUGAUUCCGAUGAUUCUGAGGCAGAAGGACCAGCUCGGGGGGACAUCAAACGCUCGAAUUUCUCUACUGCGAGUACCAGUAAGUCUCGGAAGGGUACAUCAAGCAAGAAAGGAAAGAGUGAGAGUAAGCCAGCAACGGCUAAGAACGUCGACAGAGAAUCGUCUCCAAGCAAAAAAAGGAAGACGACUUCCGAUUCAGAGAACGCCAAGCCCAAUCAAUUCGUCGAUGAGCGAGGUUUUACCAAGUCCAGAUAUGACAAGUUCGGCGGUUUCAAAUAUGGCAAAGCCGCGCAAGCUUCAAGAAGUUCUCAAGUAUCCCUUAGUUCACAGGGAUCAGAAACGAAACAAGGCAAAAGAACUAGAUCGGAUGGCAAGACGAUGAACAAGAGACACGAAGAUGACGACCUUCUCAACAGCUCUCCGUUCGAGGCUGAAACAGCCUUUAAGCCUGUCGCAAGAGAAUUGCUCAGCCCUGAAAAGUCAGGUCCUAAAAAGGGCAUGUUGCCUGUACCUGCGGAUGACUUUGGUAGUCCCAAGAAGGCAAUCAAAACAAAGAUUGUCUUACCAAAGCGUGAAGGUUCUUCUCCUGGUUCUACCAGCACUCCGCAAAAACCGAGAUCCAGCGGGCUGGGGGUCAUGCGAGCACCCAAAGAUUAUGAACAAAAGCAGAGGAAAAAGAAGGCAAGGCAGGAAGAGCGACCUCCUAUACCAGAAUACAAACCUGCCACGUUCGUCAAUCCUAUCGCUCUCGAUUCUAGUUUCGAUCUAGGAAGUGGUAACGAAAACAUUCUGUCGUCACCAAUCAUAUCAGAUCUGGACCAGCUCAGCGACACGGGAUCUGAUAACAUGCCGCCGGAAAACGAGGAAAACCCCCAGGACAAGAUGACACAGUGCCCAUGGUGCGGGGAUGCGGUUUCAGAGCAGGCCCUCAAGGACUACUCCAAAGGCAAGAGAUUGAAUGUGCAGAUGCAGACAAGGUUCUGUGCAAAGCAUAAGAAAGAAACGGCUAUGGAUACGUGGCGUGAAAGAGGCUAUCCUCACAUCGACUGGGAGCGACUCGAGGAACGGCUGAAGGACCAUCAGCAUUAUUUGUCCCAAAUCGUCGAUGGGAAAACGUCUCACUACCGGAAUAUCCUUGCUGAGAAGAUCCGGACAGGUCAAGCCAGGUCACUCAAGAAGGAGGGGGAUUUGAACCCGGGAUACUACGGCCCACGAGGUUGUAAGCUCAUGUGUGAUUACCUCGUGGAGGAGUUUGGCGAAUCGCUGAAAGAGAAAGCUACACAGGAUCGUGUCAUUGCUGGUCGUGGUUCAGCAGCUUUCAUCCAGGUUGUUUUGGUUGCGGAACUUGCUGUGCAGCUGAUAAUGGAGGAUAUGAGUGUAUCUGCUGGCGAUGCCAGGGAAAUUAUGGAAGAGAGCAAGACGCUGGGCGAGUUGCUACACGAAGAAGUAUGA